CGCUCGGCAAGGGAAAAAAAACACCGAGACCACAGCACUGGUAGCUGGUAGCUGAGAAAACUGCUAGGAGUGUUCGCAGCUAUCGCCUGCGGUUUUCCGGUGUGCGUGUGCCACUGCGUUGCGUUGCGUUGUUGCGUUUAUUGCCAGUCGUUGGCCCUUGGUCGUGGUGGUAGUGGUGAGAGAUAUACAGAGAGAAAGUCGAGCGCUCGGACUGCAAAACCCGCCAUCAUAUCAUACCCACCCUCGGUUUUGAAAAGGACGGUGGUGGCGUGGUUGAAACGCCAGCUGGCUCACGAGUGCCAUCCCGUAGUUCACGGUUCCUGCGGUACUAAGCCAUCCAACAAAAGUUUCCCGAAGUUCGAAACAACCUAAAAAAAUAUAAUGAUCACCGCAUCAGGGGCCGGUGCGGCCUUUAUAGCCGUGCCGCCAAAGAGACUAAAGCCAAAGCCCAAACCCAAGGUCCCACCACCGCCAUCGUCCUCGUCGUCGUCGCAGUCUCCAUCCUCUGUCCGCCGAGAUUCCUCCGCCACCAGUUCGACAGCAAGCAGACAUCCCCUUUCCAAUACCCCCGCUUCUCCCACACCGUCAACAUCGUCAACACGCUCGCGACACGUCGAUCCAGCACUCGCAAUUGAGUCCCUGCUCACGAGAUCACGACUGUCCACAUCCAGUCACUGUCCGACCGCGUCAUCGGGCCCAGGCUCACUCCUGGAAGUUGGGAUAGAAGAGGACGAGUGGACAAGGGGCUUUGUCACGGGAGACGACUUUCUGUCGAGCCUUUGCCAGGAGGACCCAGUCGUCUCACCCAGGCCUUCGGCAUACAUAGCAGCCGGAAUCAAGGUCAACAGUCCCAGUGGCAGCAGUACAAACACCAUACGGGCCGCCUCUGCCUCCGCCGCUGCAGAUAGCCCCCCAACAGACGCGCCUGUUUCCGCUGCCAGUUCCAGUGGACCCCGAAAGCUGCGACGUCCCAGGCCCAACAGCCACCCUUCCUCGUCGCCAUCGUUAUCGGCACCAACGGAAGACUUGAUAGAGUCAUCGAAACCGUCGACGGCACACCACGGGCUGGGAAUAUCAUCGUGGAACUUCGGAGGUGGGAAAGCGCCACGGUAUGGUGAACGGCGACUGUGCAAAGAUUCCGGUAAAAUGUCUACUGUCCGCGAUAUAAACAUAGCCGUCGUCGGCGCGGUGGGUGUGGGGAAGACGACUUUCAUAGAAAGGGCAUACGAUUUGCCAGCGCCGGCGAGACACGGCGACGUGCACUCGCUGGCCAUGGUGAUGGACCGAACACCGUGCAGUGUGAGCUUGGUGGAGGUUGAUUGGAACAGAAUCGACUUCGACAAGGAGCAGAUGCAAUGGCCACGGGUAGCGGAUGGACAAAGGAUACCAUUCAUCGAUGGUGUUCUGCUGCUUUUUGACCCGACAACCCCUCGGACAGUCGACAGAUUGACCGAAUGUCUGGAGGCAUUCGAUACGGCCCAACUUCCUGUCUGCCUGGUCCGGACUAAAUGUGACGUCUACGGGCCAGCCGCAGCGGGUGUUGCAGCAAUAAUGGGCGACGGGUACGACCACAUGCAGAGUUCUGUCACGGCACACGAUAGCCAGAAAAGGUGCAUGGCUGCAAUAUUGUCCCUGAUAUCACGUCGGAACGAAAAAACCGGAUCCCCGCGGUACCUAAAUGGUCGGCGACGCGCCAACUCCUCGGCCGCAAACAGCCGAGCUGCUUCUCCGCGACCCUCGACGGGCCACAACCGUGCCAGUUCCGAGUUCUCUUCAACAUUCCUAAAGGACGGGUCGGAUGCAGGCUCCAUACAUGGUGCCAGACUACAGAGGCCACCCACUGGCACGGCGCUGGGUCAAUCGUCGAGCAACUCGGGCCCCUCUUUAUUGCCCAACCCCCAAGCCGUCGAAAACUCGAGGCAGCAGAACUCGAACUCGAACUCGAACUCGAGCUCGAGCGUCGCACCGCAAAUCACUCUGAGUAGUUCCGGACAAACGCCGUUCUCGGAAUCCGUGCAGAGUCCGUUCAUCAUGCGCAAGACAUCCAGCCAGAGCUCCUUGGGCGAGUCCGAAAGACGGCAUUCCUACAUAGAUACGGACGACGAGAGUACGGACUACAAGGAUCCGGACGACAUUCCGAUCCUUGAUCGCGAGGAUGGACUGGACGAGUUGGAAGAGGAAGACAAGCCUGCACCGAAUCGGGGAUGGACGUGGGAUGAACUCGUUAAUCGUCUGUUGAGCCAGCCCAUGUCUCGGAGCGAUCAGACCUUCGUCGUCAUCUUCCUAUGCUUCUACCGCAAAUUCGCAUCGCCGCGAGAGCUACUCGGCGCCAUCCUCGAGAGAUUCCGCGCUUUGGACACGGAGGAGAAGAUACGGGCCCAUCGAAUAGCAGCGCAACUCCGGUAUUGCAACGUCCUCCAUCAAUGGGUCACAUCGCACUCGGUCGAUUUUGCGAGCUCCAAGACCAGGUUGCAGAUGCUAGCAUUCCUGGAUUCGAUCAGCACAGACCGGAGCUUGGCUCUGUUGACCACUGAUAUGACGAAGAAGCUCCAGGGACUAAUCGAGGAUGAGGACGAGACUUGGGGAAGGACCGAUGCCGAGUUGGAUAGGAAAGCUAGCCUUCGGAGCUUUCUGACGACUUCAUCAGCGACCUUCCCAGAUAAACCGUGGAAGCUCUCACUCGACAACCCCGCUACGCUCCAGGUCCCGGGAUCAGAUAAACGAUGCUCCGACCCUAGCGAUGCUGCAUCCGUUAUGGGAUCACCCAUGGGCCUUGUGAUCAGCAGAACCGAGUCCCUACCACCCCCGGCCACCGGCUACCUUAGGGCGGGGUGCCAGUUCGAGCUCUUCAUGUCGAUUCCGGUAUCGGAGGUGGCCUGCGAGCUUACAAGGAUCGAUUGGAACGAGUUUUCGAAGAUCAGACCACGCGAUCUGGUAAGGCACAUCAGCGUUUCGCCGGAAAGUCGGGAAAACUCGCCGAACCUAGCGUGCGUCAACAACAUGAUUAGCCAUUUCAACCACGUUGCCCACUGGGUGGCUAGCGUCAUUCUCGAGAAGGCCAAGCCGAAGCAUCGAGCCAGGGCGCUGGAGAAAUUCAUGGAGAUUGCUUGGACGUUGCGACAUCAAAAUAAUUACAAUUCGCUUGGCGCCAUCAUCGCUGGAAUCAACGGUACCGCCGUUCACCGACUGAGUGCGACUCGAGAACUAGUUAGGCCGGAGAUCCACAAGAACUUUAUGCGGCUGGAGCUAUUGAUGGGAACGCACAAGAGUCACAGUAAAUACCGACUGGCCUGGGAAAACACAACGUCCGAGAGAAUACCGUUCCUUCCGUUGCACCGGCGCGAUCUGGUAUCGGCAGAAGAAGGGAACAAGACGUUCCUACAGGACGGUGAGAAGAUCAAUUGGAGUAAAUUCCAGGUCAUGGGCGAAGUCAUGAUGGUGCUCGUAAAGGCCCAGGCCUCGCCGUACAAGGACUUGGUGGGUAACUCAGCAGUUGAUAGUAUGAUCAAGAGCGCCGCUACGACAAUGAACGAUGAUGACUUGUACGAGCGCAGUGUUCAACUGGAGGGCUCCGCUGCAGCGGGCUCAAACAAACCUCGACGGAACUGGUUCCAGCUCAAGACGAACAUUGACCAGCGGUGAUGACGGCUUUUUUGUUUUCCAUCUUCCAUCUUUCUCUCUCGCAUUUUGUUUCCUCUAGGUGCCAUAAUGAUUUUGGGAAUUUUCGCAGGC